CUUUACCGGCUGAUGCCACUCCUUUAGAAAAGACUAAAUACAAUAUUUGCCAAAAUAUUCUUCGCUAUCAAAGAGAAAAUCAUUUAUCGGAUAAAGAAAUUGCUAAAAGAAUCAAUUUAACUCAGGCUGAAACUGAGGAUAUUCUCUUUUGUCGCAUUCCUUACUUUACUCUUGACCGCUUAAUGACUUAUGCUAGUCAAAUCUUUGAACCCUUAGAGGUAAAAGUAAUCCAAGCCAAAAGUAAAGCAAACAUUCCUCAUUCCAAUCCCCGCCUUAGUUUAAAAAAUGGUGUUAAAGCAAGAAAAAACCUGAGACAUUUAAAGCAUGGUAUUACUAGAAAUAUCAUUAAAUCAGUAGUAAAAAGAUUAGAUGGUGAAGAUUUAAAGUCUAGAAAAAGACACGAAAUAGAAGAAAAUAUGACACAUAAUGCAAAAACAAUCGAGGAACUAUUCACCAAUGCCGCUUCUUUGCGAAUAAGUCAGAAACAAAGAGGCGAUGAUCGUUAUAAGAGAGAUGCUGGUUUAGCCCACAACUUGAAAGAAGAUUGUCAAACUCUUGCUAGAUUCUUUGAUGAUGUUACAGAAUUGAAAAAUGCCAAAGUAAAGUUAACAACUUUCAAUAAUCAAGAGGAGUUUGAAAAUAAUAAACAAAGUCUCCUUAACAAAGUUAAUCAAGCACUUAGUGGUCUGCAAAUGAAAACGGGCGAUGAUUUCCGUCGAGAGGUGGAAGCCUUAAAAGUUGACAUUGAGAGAGUUGCUUAUAGUGAAGCCAAGGAAUUACAGAAAUUAAAUCAAGAAGAAAGAAAAUUACAAAAAGAGAUAGAAGAAAAUGAAAGAAAAGCUCGAGAAAAGAAGAAACAACUUAAAUCAUCUAAUUUAGGAGACAAUUUUAGUCCUGAUAAGCACAUUAAUGACUUUAUGCAAGCGAUAAAAGACAAGUUGGAUAAUAAGCCUCCAAGGAGGAAAAAACAACCCACCAGUCCUAAUAAUGUUAAUCUUCCGGGCGGUUCAACAAGCCCAAACACUCCUAAUCCCCUAGAUCCAUUUAAACCUAACACUAGUGCUAACCAAAACUUCUUCCAAAACAACCAGCAACUAAUCAUGAUUGCCGGUCUAGCCGAAAUUAAAAAUAAACUUGGUGAAACUACCGAGCAAAUCGAAGCGACUAUUGCUCCUCUUUACACUAAUUUAGAAUCCUGA